AUGGCAAUCAGUAUCACCUCCCAGGUGUUGCGAGAGUCAUAUGAGUACGGCGACUCACCACAUAAUAGUUCCUCUAGGAAAGAGCAGCUGAAAACCUUCCUGUUCGGCUACCCAAUAUCGCACUCGUUGGCCCCAACAUUGCACUCGACCAUUUGGGAGAGAUUACAGGUGCCAUGGACCUAUUCACUUGUUGAAUCCCUUGAUAUGAGAGACUUUCUUCCCAAGUUGAACUCGACACAGUUUGUCGGAUCUGCAGUGACAAUGCCGCACAAGGUCUCAGUGCUAGACGUGGUGGACGAUACAAUGGAGGACGCGCGUAUGAUCGGAGCCAUAAAUACGAUCAUUGUCCGGUGCGAUAAGUCGGGAAGAAGACAACGUAUCGGUGCCAAUACCGACUGCAUCGGUAUAUACGAGGCCUUGGAGAGGAAUUUUCCGAACGCCUCGGAGGAGAUUGGAUCUCGGCCUGGCCUAGUCAUCGGAGGCGGCGGCGCCUGCAGGAGUGCUCUCUAUGCUUUGUGGAAAUUUUUCAACAUCCAGGAGCUGUAUUUGGUGAACAGAGCGGAAGAUGAGGCCGAGAAUGUUAUAUCUUCCUUCCGUGCCGCCGGUGUAACGGCAAAGAUCACACACGUGCAGACGGUCGAGCAAGCCAAAGCCUGCUGCUUGGGAGUUGCAUCAGUCAUCGGGACGAUACCAGACAUCCCUCCAAAGACGGCUGCUGAGGCCGUCGUAGACCAGAUUGUGAUGGAGAUUCUCCACAAACCAACGAAAGGGUACCUGAUGGACAUGUGCUACACUCCGAAGCCAGUGACGCACUUACUUCGAGCAGGGCUGGAGAAUGGCUGGAGCGUGAUAACCGGUAUCGAACCCUUGAUAUACCAGGGCAUUGCACAGCAGGUCCUGUGGCUGGAAAUGGAAAUAGAUCAUCUGCCAGUAGAAGAAGCUGCCCGGAGAGUUAGGGAUAAAGUACAAUGCGGAGAGUCUAGACGUCCUCAGGGCGGUUUGUGA